AUGAAGUCUAACCAUUGCUUUCUUGGCUUCCUUGUCACUUUUCUCUUGAGCGAUGGAGCAGAAACCCAGCCAGCUCAGGAAUCUCUAAAGCCCCAGAGGGUACGAUUUCUAUCUCAAAAUUUUCACAACAUUUUGCACUGGCAGCCUGGGAAGGCACUUAUGGGCAACCACAGCAACUAUUUUGUGCAGUACAAAGUAUAUGGGCAGAGACAAUGGACAAAUAAAAAGGACUGCUGGGGUAUUCCAGAACUCUUGUGUGAUCUCACCAACGAAACCUUGGACAUACGAGAACCUUACUAUGGGCGAGUGAGAGCAGCCGCCGCUGGGAUCUCCUCCAGGUGGAGCAUGAGCCCGAGGUUCACUCCCUGGUGGGAAUCGAAAAUAGAUCCUCCACUCAUGAAUAUAACACAAGUCCAUGGAUCUUUGUUGGUGAGUCUCUGUACUCCAAAUUUUCCAUACAGAGACACAAAAGGAAAUAAUGCAUCAGUAGAAGAUUACUAUGGAAUAGUGUACCAAGUAUUUAUCAUUAGCAAUUCUCUAGAAAAGGAGCAGAAGGUAUAUGAAGGAAAACGCAGAGUGGUGAAAAUUGAAGCUCUACCAUCUCAAUCCAGCUACUGUCUAUCAGCUAAAAUAUAUCAACCAAUGUUAGAUAAAAGAAGUGCGAGAAGUCAAGAGAGAUGUGUGGGAAUUCUGUAA